AGGCGUGACGGCUGAAGAGCGCGUUCCCGCAGGCGCUGCUGUGCCAGUCUAUGUUGGUAUAUAAAGCGAUGAUUUCCACUAUUCGACUACAGAAAGGCGUCCGUGCCGCCCACAGUAUUAGACUGCUCCACUCCACACGCAUUACCAGCAUGCCGAUCAAGGUUGGUCAACGUCUUCCCGCUGUAGAGGUCCAGGAGGGAGACCCGGGGAAUAGCAUCUCAAUGGCUGAACUCUUUAAAGGCAAAAAAGGAGUGCUUUUUGGCGUGCCAGGAGCGUUCACUCCUGGAUGUUCAAAGACUCAUCUCCCAGGGUUCGUACAGAUGGCUGGGGAUUUGAGGGCCAGAGGUGUGGGUGAGAUCGCAUGUAUCUCUGUUAAUGAUGUGUUUGUCAUGUCUGCCUGGGGAAAAGAGAACAGAGCAGACGGCAAGGUGCGGAUGCUGGCUGAUCCCACAGGAGCGUUCACAAAGGCUGUGGAUCUCUUCCUGGACAAUGACCAUUUGCUCCAGGUGCUUGGAAAUUUGAGGUCUCAAAGGUAUGCCAUGCUGAUUGAAGAUGGAGUGGUCAAGAAGCUCAAUGUGGAACCUGAUGGGACGGGCCUGACCUGCAGCUUGGCUUCAAGCUUUCUCACUGAUAUUUAAGUUACUGAAUGUAACCAGUUCACUCCAUAUAAUUAGUCACCCUCUUGUAAUUGACCCAAUUACCCAAUUAUCAUUCCAAAAACACAGUGUAAUGGAAAUUCCCAAUAACACUAAUGCAUAUGCUGGGGGGAAACCCAUGCAAGGAACUAGUUUACUUGGAGCAAUAAUUCAUUCUUCCUGUUUUGGUGGGAAAAACGCACAAGUUUGGCUGUACAGCGCACAAAUCCCUGUGAUAUAACUUGUAAUGUUACCCAACCUGCAAUAAACAUUUCCUCAUGACUGCA